CCAGCCGGUUCACAGAUGUAGUCGCAGCUCGGAGCGGAAGGUAGAGGCCCGGCCGGGACGGAAGAAGAGUUCGAGCGCACUGCGGAGGGAGCGCAGCUAUGGGGAACGCACAGGAGAAGCCUCCCGGAGGAGGAGGAGGCGGCGGAGGAGGAGGAGGAGCAGCGGCCAGGGGGGAGCAGGCGAGGUCCGGGGGAGGAGGAGGCGUCGCGGGAAAACCCCAGAACCACAAGAGGGGGAUGGCCAACGGCUCUCCGGCGGAACGGAGCUCCGCGGUGGACACCAGCUGCGCGGUGGACACCAGCUACCUGGACGCUCCGGCGGGGGCUCUGCCCCCUCACCUGGGCCGGCUCAAGAACGAGGGCAACCACCUCUUCAAGCACGGCCAGUUUGGAGACGCCGUGGAGAAAUACUCCAAGGCUAUCGACGGAUGUUUGGAGGCAGGCAUCGACAGCCCAGAGGACCUGUGCAUUCUGUACUCCAACAGAGCUGCCUGUCUCCUUAAAGACGGAAACAGCUCCGACUGCAUAGAGGACUGCACCAAAGCUUUGGAGCUGCAGCCGUACUCCUUGAAGCCCCUGCUGCGCAGAGCAAUGGCUUAUGAGUCACUGGAGCGCUACCGGAAGGCCUACGUGGAUUAUAAGACAGUGCUGCAGAUGGACACCGGAGUGCAAGCGGCUCACGACAGCGUCCACAGGAUCACGAAGAUGCUGAUCGAGCAGGACGGACCCGAGUGGAGGGAGAAGCUGCCCGAGAUCCCCGUCGUCCCCCUGUCCGUCCAGCAGCAGCACAGGGAGAAGCCCACCAGCAUCGAGCAGGCGCAGGUGCGAGCCACCCGGGCCGUGCAGGAGGAAGCCAGAAGAAAAGAAGCCCGCUUCAAUUUACUGAAACAGGAAGGCAACAAUCUGGUGAAGAAAGGCCUCUACCAGGAGGCUCUGGAGAAAUACAGUGAAUGUCUCGCCAUAAAAAACGACGAAUGUGUUCUUUACACGAACAGAGCUAUUUGUCUCCUGAAACUGAGUCGUUUCGAGGAGGCCAAACAGGACUGUGACUCCGCAUUGCAGCUGGACCCGGGAAACAAGAAGGCCUUCUACAGACGAGCCCUGGCUUUCAAAGGUUUACAGGAUUACCUGUCGGCCAGCAGUGAUUUACAGGAAGUUCUCCAGGUUGACCCCAACGUACGGGAGGCCGAGCAGGAACUGGAGGUGGUGACGGGCCUGCUGAGGCAGAGUCUGAUGGCCACUGCUGCACACACACCCAGGGUGUGACGACUCCCUGUGGGGUACUUUGGAGAAAGGUGUGAGCACACACAGUGGCGUGUUUUCGUGAAAUGUUCUGUUUCUGGGUGUUAGUUUGGGCGAGGUAAAAGCUGAUCUCUGAUUGGCUAUGAGGUUAAAGGUUAAAGAUUUUAUCUGUGAGGAUUGUCAGUCAUCCAGGUCAUGGUCAAACUCGAAAAGUUCAGUUAGGCAACUGGACGUGACGUUUUCUAAAGAUUUUAUUAAAAAGAAUUUCAAUCAAACUCUGUAAGCCGUUGAACUUUGACCCCCUUUCCAAAGGUCUGAAGCCUUAAUUAGUGUGUUUUUCAUACGUUAGGCAGAGGAAAAAACAAAUGUAACUCAUUCUAUAGCUUAAUCGGUGAUCAAAAAUAUCAACAAUUUCCCUAAAAGUCAUUAGAGAAGCUAAAAAAACUGCAAACAAAAAUGGCCAAUGCCCACAAAGCUGGAGAAGGGCUAAUACACGAUAGCAAAGUGUUUUCAGGUAGCUCUCUCCUCGCAUUGAAACUCAAACAAAGGCAGUUCUAGGGAGUGAUGGAGGUCAGACAGCGGACCUAGAAAAACCAAGAAAACUUUCAAAGAAAAUGCCUGUAGGAUUUAGGCAUGAAAUGUCAGGGCAAAUCAGCGUCCCUGUAUGACAGCAAAGACCUUCAGGAAGAUGGAGCUGACGGAGGGGUGUCGAUGCACCGUUCAACGUGCAGACACAUGAAAUAAUACAGCUUCCAGAGGUUGCAAAUUUGUUACUAAACGAGCCAGAGUUCAGAAUAGAUUAGGCGGACAAAUGCCUCGGGCUUAUGUUUCACUCCGUGGGAUAUUUCACCUUUAUUAGGAAGAGGAUUUCAAUUAGACGCAAUCAAAAAGGGUAGCAUAAUAUAUUAUAAUGUGUGGAGAAAACUGCACACGGCUCACGGAAUGAACUUAGGGAUUACAAACUGAAGGUUUUACCUCACAAACCUCUGAUCUAAACAUUAGCUAUAAUCCUUAUCCAGACAUUUUAAACCCACUCCAAGUCCUCCUCUGUUUUUAUUUUCUUUUGGAAUGUUUUUAACACAGAAAUACAAAUACAUUUCAUUUAAAGGACAAGAUAAAUGUGUCAUCUUAAACUUAAUAGUUUUUUGGAAGCGAUUCGUCUUUUUUUUUUUUUUAGCUCCCUGAGCUAUACACACAGCAACAGAACGUUUUUCUGCCACUUCACUGCGCCGUGAGCCGGACUUUACGUCCGUCAGCCGUUGUAAUCGUGGAGACGACGGACGAGGAUCACUGAGACGAGCGCCGGGGACAACCAGCUUUUCAACUCAGCUCCAUUUGCAGUGUGUGUGUGCAAACCCCCGAGUACACGACCUCUCAAAACAGGAAGCUUUAUUUGAGAAGUCUAAUGUCACGGCACUUCUGACCCGCUUGCACUAUUAGUCUUUCCCAUUCUGAUGUAAUGUACUGUAAAUAUAGUUCCACGUGACAGGCUGCGGUCAGUGCGCUGUCCCCAGUUUCAGUGAAACCAGGAAGGAUGUGUGUAACGUGUGCCUUAUUGAGAUUUCUACCACAGAUAGAAUGAAACAUGCCAAGGUUUAAGAUUUAAGGUUGCAUUUUGAUUUGUUCUUUAAGACGUUUGGUUCCAAAGCUGUUCCUUGAAGUCAGAAUAAAAUGAAAAGCGGAAACAGGUAGUUUGUGGUGGGCAUUUGGGCCCUGGUGGUCAGGCAGUGAUUCACUGGUGACCCCUCUGACGGUCAUCUUGGUGGUUUUGGAGAUACGUUGAGCUGCUCCUGCUGAAGUUAGGGUCACAGAAUGAUCAGCCGUGCCCUGUAGGACCUACUGUAGCUAGGACUGUGUCUCAUGAUGCUGGGUGGGCAGUUUUAAGAUGAAAGGAAACAUCAACGUGUCCGUACCCUUCUCUCUUUAGGAACCAGAUAUAGAUGCUUAUCAUUAUAACUCAUUUAUUGUUAGCAAUCAAGAAACAAAUUCUGCAUUGAGAAAAUGGUGGAUUUAGUGUGGCUGUUAGCGCCUUUUUUUUGUGAGUCUGCCCGGGACACCUCUCUUUGCGGCAGAGCGAAUCAAGCGAGCCCGUUUUGAUUACUUUUGCACCACGCUUUUCCGUCAAAAGACGCGCUCAGAUUUACCAGGCAGAAAGCAACACCGGCCAUGACUUCCCUGUUGGGGUGCGUGCUGUUUUCGUCCGUUUAUCCUCCUGAUAAUCAGCACGGCUAAUCAGAUUUUUAAACCAACACCUCAACGGUUACGGUUUGAAAAGAUAUUAAAUGUGGGUGCGUGUGUGAUCUGACCCCAUUGCAGAUCAUCAUCCCGUGUUUUUGACUGAAAACUGUUGAGUCCAUCAGUGGUACCCAGAUGUUGGGCCGAGGAGUCUCCACCGUUAGGGGACACUUCUGAAACGGUUCACAUCUACCCCUCAGCAGGACUGAAAAUCUACGUCUUCUACAUAGCACAAUGUGCCACAGUCUUUAAUGUUUGGUGUGUUUCUUUUUUUCCCUUUGAUUUUUUUGUCAAACUAAAGUCUCCCCUAAAUGAACAAAGCUAGUAUGGAGCUCAAUUCUUUCCAGUUCUGUAUAUAUAGUUUAAUGGAAUGUAAAAGCAUGUACUGUAUGUAAAUAGACUGGAUGCAAAUGUACAUAAACUACAACAUGAAU